AUGGAUGACUCGCCUCUGGGAUGCCGCACCGUGAGCCUCGAGCUCCUGCGGCAGCAAGUACACCUUGCCCUGAACCCAGAUCUAGACGGCUCUGAAUUCCUGAGGCCUGACCGAGUUGCCUUGCUUGAUCCCUUCACUAAUGCUCCGGCUGAUAUACAGGCUGCAAACAUGCAGCGAGUAGCAGAUGGAUUGGCUCCAUUUGAGAGCGGCGACGAGCUCAACGCCCACUUCCUCACAGAGCUGCCUCCGGAGCAUGGGGACACUUGGGAGGUCCCCUCCAAUCCCCCGGGCUUUGUCCUCAAUGGGUCGGGCUUGGAAGGACACCAAUCUACAGCGUCCGGAAAUACCCAGCAUCCUCCAGCUCCCACCACGGCUGCCGCCGUUCCCUUGGACGUUGACGCAAGACUUGCAAACUAUUCUCAAGCAAUGUACAACCAUCAUUUGCCGGGUUUCAUGUCUUCCGUGUCAUCGUUGGACUCGCAGAACAUGGGCACUGAUGUUGGGGAAGACAUCCCGCCCGUUGACAACCUGGAACCACAGGAACUGAUUUCUGAGCCCAAUCCGCACCCGUCAAGCAUGAUGUGGACAGAUAUUCCAGGCGACAUGGCCGAUACUCUGGAACAGCCGCACACUGGCAAUGCUGACGCCAUUGAAUAUACCGCGGACUACGGAAUGAACCUCGACCAUGACGAGGUGGACUCAAGCGAAGAGCAGUACACGGAUAAUUCGGUCCGGAUUCAUCCUGCUACCUAUGAGGAAAACGAAGCGGUCUCUCUCCCUCAUGAACAUACGAGCGGACAGGAGAUUAUUGUUUCCCCGACAGAGAAGCCAGAGCUGCUGACGUUGCCCCCCAAUAUAUUUUGUCGCGUCUGCGACUAUCUCCCCUGGUCGGCCAAGGAGCUGAUGAGCAGGACUUGCACACUGAUGCGGCAGAGACUGCACAAGGCUUGCAAAAUGGUCGUCGGCGGCAUGAACAGAGAGGAACACAUUCUCUACCAAAACGAUAUUUCAAAGACUUUGCCGCUUCAUGUUGUGUGUGCAGACUGUGCUCGCUUGCACCGCGCCACUUUGGGUGACGUGCCCAUCGUCUGCUACCGAUCGCCGAACCGCACAUGCCCUGCCAAGUUGAUGGCGCUUCCGAGGGCACCUUUUCUUUGCAUAGGCUAUUGCUUGGAGUACCAUCAUGUUCAACUGGCGCUGAAGCUGCGUCGUCUUGGGCUUUUCCCGGAUCAUGUCAACAGGAUUAUGCAGCCCUACUAUUUACGCAACAGUGAUCAGAACACUUACACCUCUAUUGAGGCUUUUAUUCGGCCUAUUCUGACGGUCCACGAAUCUCAACCCUCAUUUCUGGUUUUCAAGGCUGUGGAGUUCAUUGAAUUUGGGGCUACCUACACGACGUCGCUUUCGCCAGGAACACUUCAGUGUCUUACCAUCUGCCCUCAUUCCUCUCUUGCUAGUAGGGAUCCGGCGAGCAUGCGCAGCAACGCCAUAUACCAGGCCAUCGCCGACGCCCGCAUGGGAUUGUUCACGCGCCGGAACUACUCAUGUGCUCUCUGUCCGACAGAUGUCUCCGUCCAUACCCUGCCUGGCCGUCUGCGUAUCUACGCCUGGCACGAUUUCGGACAAGAGGGCAUAUCGCCGGUUGACAACGCCUGGAGAGUGCAUGUUGGAGGACCCGGAAACAACCAGUUUCUGGGCCCCUAUCUGUUUCACCCGAGGGGCACUGUGAAACUCCGGUACGAGGCAGAGCGGUCAUACCAGCCUCCGAACAGGCUUCUGGGCGAGAACGAAAUUGAACAGUGCACGUUGACCUCGUGGGCGAUGCGCGAAGAGGCAAUUGUGAAUCUGUGGAACAGACUUCAAGGACAAAACGGUUUGCUCCAAUACACGUUUUAG